GAGACAAGUGAACGACAGCAGCAGCAAAGCGCGCCAAGAGCUGUGUCAGCCCUCUUUCGUAGUCGGUCAAUAUAAGUGCAAUAGCUACUGCUGGGUGCGGGCGAAUUUGUGCCCCACCUCCGAUUCAGCUCGGGAGAUUUAUCUUCCGAGGCUGAUGACAUCGAUCCAAAUGAUUUGCCACCGGCAGCUCGCCCCAUCCAGGAACAACCAACGAAACCACCAACGGCGGUUUCGUCGGGUGGCCCCCCAAAUAUGCCACCACCACCGGCACCGGGCACCGCCAACAUACCGCCACAACCAACGGGCAAUGCACCAGACUUCUCGUUAAGUUUUGGCAAGACAACAACAGCUACGAAUAAUCCAACGGCCAGUGCUGCUCCACCGCGUGGAGUCAGCGCCCCCACGAGUCCGGCUAAAUCGCGUGAAAGUCUGUUGCAACGUGUUCAAAGCUUAACGGGAGCCGCACGAGAUCAAGGCGCUUCAAUUUUGGGUGCUGCGGUGCAAAGCGCAACACGUGCUCCGGCCUUUAACAAGGAUAAAUAUUUUACGCUAUUGGUGCUCGAUGACCACAAUACAGAUUGGUCGAAAUAUUUCCGUGGCAAACGUUUGCAUGGCGACUAUGAUAUACGCGUGGAACAGGCAGAGUUUAGGGACAUAACCCUUCACGCCAGUGCAGAAUCUGGUCCGGUAGUAACUAUGGAAGUACAUCGUGGUGAUUCCAGGAUCCCUCGCAUGUUCCGACCAGAUUUUGUUCUCAUUCGCCAGCCACCACGUGACGGUGCUAAUGAUUAUCGUUCAACAAUUUUGGGCUUGAAAUACGGCGGAGUGCCCAGCAUUAAUUCGUUGCAUUCAAUUUACCAAUUUCAGGAUAAACCUUGGGUAUUUGCUCACUUGCAGCAGCUGCAACGCCGUUUGGGUAAAGAAAAUUUCCCUCUGAUCGAGCAGACAUUCUUCCCAUCACCCAAAUAUUUGUUCGAACGGGGUCGAUGA